AUGCAUGCCGCUAAAUCUCCCUGCCACAACAAGUCCUUUGAAGAUCAUCACCACAUCACUGCAAAUGGGUCAAAUGGAGCCAAACCUGAAGACGUCUCUAUAACACUACUGCAAGUGCAGCUAAAUGUCUAUUUGAUCAGAGACAAAGUGAAUGGUGACCUAUAUCAGUUUAGGUAUUCUUUACGUCGUGAGAUGGAUGAGAUGAAUCGUUUAGUCCACGAUGUGAGGAAAGGCCAGCUCGAUAUGUCGCACAUGAUAAAGACCUUGUGA